GACCUAACCGUUUCAGAAGAGGGUUUGGACAACAACAGUACAAUCGGAGACAAUUCAGGAAUACUGGGCCUGGUCCCAGGAGAAGAGCAGCUGCUGCAUUAAGUGGAGUGAGCCCUUUAAAUCGCCAGGCAUCGGCUCAAGAGGGCAACAAGAACAACGAUGCUUUCACCAAAAGCAGCAGCGGGCAGACGGAGGGACGGCGACGGCCACCCCCAGGCCCCAAGAGGUUCAGAGCAGCUGCUGCCAGCACCCACACCCUGGGGAGAAGACCUUUCCAGCUGAACAGGGGACCAGCCUUCCAGCAGAAAAGGAUGCAGCAGCGGUUCUCCAAAGCCAACUUUGAAAGAGGGCAGAUGGAUGCUAACGCAGAAGGGAAACCACGAAGGAUGAGAAGGUGGCAAGUGAAACCCAGCCCCGGAGCAGUUCUGACGGUUUCUGUGGCUAAUCCCCAGGCGGGCCAGGCCGGCACGCCCAGAUCCAAGCGCCCGUUCCUGCGAAGCCAGAGGCCCCCACCACGGGCCACCAAGCCCCAGCCCAGGGGGGUACUGCUGAGAUUCAACUUCCGUGCGAUGGCCAACCAGACCAGCCUGACGCUGGAUGAGAGGUUCUCUGGUCUGAGGAAUAAGAGGCGCUUUACAGCAGCCAGGAGCGCCAACCGGACGGUCACCAUGCCUUAG